AGUAUGCGUUUACUCGGGGUCUCCCGCUCGCGGAGAGUCUGACACGAGCUAGCUACAGUCUUCACAGUAUCAUGUCAAGAAAUUCACUCAUAGAGUUACUGUUACUAAUGUCGAUGUUCUUGUGCACUACUGCCAUACCAUUGGAGGACUUCUACCCCUACGGUCCAGAUGUUGGAGAUUCUCAAGUAAACCCGGCAAUUAAUCACAAUGGGCGCAUUUCUUUUGGAGAUGUUGAUGUUUGGGUGAGCUGACUAUUGAAGGGAGUUCACAGAACUUGAGAAUUUUUGCCUUGUGGUCUUGUAGA